AUGACCUUCCGCAUCACGUUCGAGAGCCCAGUAUAUGCGCAGCCAGUCAACAGGUUCUGGGGCCAAGAGGUCGACGGAACAGUUCAGCAUGACAACUCCAGCUCUUGGGAUCAAGAGGUCGAAGAGACGGUUGAAUCCGCGGACUUGAACCAAUAUAUGACCGCACCAAAUGCCCCUGAAAUGCUGCAAACACUUGCAGAACACAAUGCAGGUAGUGGCCCGUGCUGGGAUGACUGGUUCAACAUUGGAAUGGACAGAGAAUCAACAUCAUCAAGCGAGGAGAGCCUCUCUCCUACAGCGACAGGCAACAUUGAACAGGCUUCGCUGUACCCCCCAAUGUUCCAGGUGGCCGAGCCUGCAUCAGUAGUCGAUGAUACAGCAUCUUCUGGAUCAGAUAUUGCACCGGGUCCAGCCCCUCCCUCCCAAUCUAGUCAGCCACCGACAAAGAGACGGAAGACGCAAAUGAAAGGAAUCAACUGUACAUCUAGCAAGGUCCGCAGACUCGGUCGUCUAGCUUCGAUACGUAUGGAGGAUAUACUAGAAAGCCCGGGUGCCUCGGGAUCAUCAGCCACGGCGCGUGAUCGUUCUGUUUCUCAUCGCGCUAUAUCAAGGAAAGCCUGGGCGAGCGCAGUGCCCGAUCGCGAGUCAGCGGCUCCUGUCUCCACCCGAAACAUGCAAUUGCCUUCAUUCGCCCCGGAGAUCCCUAUAUCGCUACCGCGGUUCUCCGUGAACCGACGCUCAGACUCGCCCAGUAGCUCCUGGGCAGGCUCGCCACUAUCUCAUGGGCUCGGAGUGCCCUCAAGCUCAUCCUUGGACGAACCAGGCGCACUUACUGCCUCCUCAUCUGGGCAGAAACGUGGACACGAGCACGUAGAGGACUUCGAGGACCACGAAGACCGCGAGGACAUCGCAGUACCCCCGCUUCAGCCACGUCGUUCGUCGGGGGGCCUUGAAGAUAAUCUCGCCACGCAGCCGCUCCUGGGGUCUUCAACGAUCCCCGAGCUUCAGGCACCCGGCGUGAUCCCCGAGAGCAUGCAGAUGCAUGCUCCCCCAUUUUCGCCUCCAAUCCAGGCAGAAUCCACGAAGAUCUGGGAUAAUACCUGCACCUGGAAGCUCGAAAACGGACGUGUUUGUGGCCGACGUGGAGAUCCAGAGGACAUCUGGCAGCACAUACGUGUCGACCACGGUCUCGAUGCGCUCGCAAAGGUCCAACCGCCCCCAACACGCAUACAGUGCAACUGGGCGGGAUGCGAGUUCUACGGGUUCCCCGAGGAAUUUCGUGGACAUUGGGAAGGAGUCCAUCAGGAACGCAUAGAGCGGGAGCUAAAGGAACUGGGCAUAGGGUCCAACAACAAAGUACAGUGCCGGAUUUGCCCAACGAGCGAAAAGAAGGGUUGGGUGAGGAAAGACGGGUUGAACAGACACGUCCUGACUACGCACUGGCGUGCGGAGCGGAUCCGCUGGUGCGAUAUCUGCGGCAAGGAAAGCCGGGAUGAUGUAUACAACAAGAGCAAGCGUCAUCAUCGCUCCUCCUGUCUGAAGCAUUUCAUGGAGAAGAAUUCGCAGUUCGGCGAGACAAUGUACGAUCGGAGCAUUUCACUCAGUCAUAGCGAGUCGGAAUACCACAGCCUGAAGAUUCAUCACGACAUGAGUUCCGCAGGGUAUGAACGGUAUCAUCCAGCGAAGAGACUGCCCAACCAGUUCAUGACACAUCGAGACAGCAUAUCGAUUUACGGACCAUGCUCAGGCUGGGAGUCAGAGCCAGUGGGCGUCAUAGAUGGAGGUUUAGCUGAGAAGGAGAGAGCAACGGAAGACCGCACGUUCGAUUUUUAUGUGCAAACAGCCACCCAGUCAAAGCCAAACACCGGCCGUGCAAGGCGGUCUGGAGACUGGACACAUUCUCAGCGCGGCAAGGAGCAUGUUCAAUCCGCCCGGGCCCUCACUCACCUCGCCACAAUAACUACUGGCUCGCCACCCGACGUGCCUUCCACCCACCUCCAGCGUUUCGGUACCACGUCUUCAGCAUCAGAACGUACGGGAACGAGCUGCAUUGGCCCAAAAGAGGUGAUAUGGAACAUCAACACGCCAAGGGGGGAAGAAACCCGUCCCAAACGGAAGAACCUCACGGAUCUUACAUCCAGCCCUAGAACGCCUGGAAUAGCGCAGAACAGUACUUCGGAACCGCUGAGGCGCAUCGAUCAAGUCAGGUUUGCUUACCUUCGCCCUUCUCCGUUUAUCACAAGACAGCAGGCUAUCUUCCACGCCCCGUCAGUAAGACACUUCGUGAAGACGCGACACACAAGUCCUGACGGAGUAGGUCGAUGCACCCCGAUCUGCGCAGACUUUGUCGAAGUGAAGGCCGGCGCGAGUGAGGAACAUGGGAGACUGGGUGUCAAGGCACAACGGUAUGGAAAACGUCGGCUCCCCCACAACGUCCACACAGCGCUCGAACGACAUCCUGUUCCUGCCUUCGCUGUUUCGGCCGCGCAGGAUAUCGCCCUAGGACAGCUGGCCGACGUCGUGCCGGGAGUCGCUGGGGGAUGGGCGGGAGAGAAUGAGCGUACAAGCAACUGGGGACGAAAAGAACGCGAACGAAUGCUUUCGCUAUCGACGCUUCGAUUGCUGUCAAGAGGUGUCACUCCGCCAGUCGAACUCGGUGGGUCCACCUGCCUCAUUGGGACCACUGAAGCGAGCGAUCGGAGAUCCGACGGGUACUGA